AUGGCCUCGGACCAACGGGCCCUCCCGGUCCCCGUCCCGCCCAACCCUAACCCGACCGCACCAGCCGACCCGACCCCGCCCUCGGCCUCCGCCGCGCGCAAGCUCCCCAUCAAGCGCCGCUCCCCGCGGCCGUCGUCCUCGCCCCCAUCCUCCUCCUCCCCGGCCUCCUCCGACCCGCUUCGCGCGCCCGCGCCCGGCGGCGGCGGUGGAUCCGACCAGCAGCAGCCUCCCUUCAAGUUCCAGCGCAUCUGGUCCGAGUCCGACGAGCUCCGCUUCCUGCAGGGCCUCCUCGGCUGCGGCGCGCAGGGCCUCGUCUUCCCGCGCGACCUCAACGUCUUCUACGACCGCUUCUCCGAGUCCAUGCCCCAGCCCUACACCCGCGCCCAGCUCUCCGAGAAGCUCCGCCGCCUCAAGAACAAGUUCCGCAGCAUGUCCGCGCGCGUCGCGGGGGGCCUAGACCCGGCUCGCCUCGCGCCGCACGACCGCGACGUGCUUCACCUCUGCUCCAGGCUGUGGGACCCCGCCAACGCCGCCACGUCGCCCUUCGCGGCCAGCGCCGGAACGUCCGGGAACAAGCGCCGCCGCGCCAACCCGCGUGGCACGCCGCCCCUCCCCAGAUGCGUCUGGGGAUAG